AGUAUAAAAUUUGUAUCUUAAGAUAACCUCUGUGGUACUUAAUCUGUCAGCUGACAGUGUCAAUGUCAGUUGUUAACUGUUGACAUGUUUAUACAACAACAGUGGGUGUUUUACCUGUUUUGUCUUCUAUGUUUCUCAAAAUGACUACAGAACGGACAGAAACAAUUGUACAUAAUGCAACGAAAACAUUCAAGUUCUCUUUCCCAACCUGCACCAAUGAAGAAUUACUAUUCAAACUGGAAGUACCGGUUGAGAUCCCUUACGAUGGAUCUCCGCGCGAGCUGGUACAGCGCGUUAUAAAUAUGUUUCACAUACCCGUAUAUUUAGAAGAUGAGUUAAAUGAAAAACUGGCUCAGUUCAUCGGCGAUGAGACGCGCGAGUUCCACAACAGUCGGGACGCGAAGCUGCUCGACCAGCUAAAGAACAGCGAGCUGAAUGUGGACGGCAUCGUCAAGCAGUGGGAGAAACUCUUCAAAGAGAAUGUGGUGGAAUUUGCUGAACAGAAGGGAACUUCGGAUGAGGAGGUUUUUGCUGCAGCAUACCACAAGUUAGUCCACUCACCUGCAUUGGACACCAUCCUGCAGGUGGAGAACUCUUAUGCCAAAACUGUCUCCAACAUGAUGCAGAGCCGCGAUGAGGACAUCAACAAACUUACAGAAAGACAAACAGAGGAGAUGGAAGAGAAGAUGCGGCUGCUGAACGUGAGCACUACGGAGGAGGAGAUCAACGAGACGGCUGCGCGGCAGUUCGAGGCUCAGAGCGUGGCGGCGGCGCGCUGGGAGUCGCAGCUGGACGCGCUCCGGCACACGCAGCGCGCCGCACACCGCGCCUGGCUCAUGGCCGCGCUCGACCACUACCAGGGCCAGGCAGAACUCGCCACGCCCAGCAACUCCCCGCUGACGACGUUCCCACCGGAGGCGGGAGAAUUGGUCGGGUCCGGCGGGCUGGGAGAGCCGCGCCCUCAGCUCGAGGAGAGCUUCACCAUACACCUGGGCAGCCAGCUGAAGCAGACUCACAACAUCCGCCUCGUGGCCGCCGACAUGCUCGACCUCUGCGCACUCAACCACCACGACAACGGCGCGGCGGCGCGGCUGCAGCCCGCGCUGGCGCUGUACUCGGGCGAGCUGACAGGCGCGGUGGUGCUGUGCGAGGCGGGACCGGCGGGCACGGGGGAGCCGCCGCAGCGCCUGCUGCGCCUGGCCGCCGCCGCCACCGAGCACCACUUCGACGACAUCAACCGACAGCUGCGGCACAUCGCGGAAGCAAUACGCGCGCCUGUAACUACAUUAACCAACCUAGUGCCUUCCACCACGACAUGGAUGAACAACACCCGUUUGUGUGUGAUGUCCGGCAGGCGGAGCAGCGCAACGCCCGGCGCGCGCAGCAGGCUGCGGCCGGGCGACGUGCUGGUGACGCGGCACAGCAACCUCGACACGCACGUCAUCUUCCACCUGGUGGUCGACGACUCCCUCAAGGCAGACAUAACGUCGAGGCACCCGGCCAUCCUCGGCCUGCGCAACAUCCUGAAGGCGGCGUGCUGCAACGACGUGACCACCAUCUCCCUGCCGCUGCUGCUGCGCAACGAGAUCACUGAGGAGAUGACGGCGGCGUGGUGCGUGCGUCGCGCGGAGCUGGUGCUCAAGUGCGUGAAGGGGUUCGUGCUGGAGGCGGCGGGCGGGGGCGGGGCGGAGCUGCGCACGCUGCACGCCGCGCUGCCGCCGCACGCGCCCGACCUCUUCGCCGCCGUGCAGUCGCUGCUGCCGAGCGUGUUCCGCGUGGCGGGCCCGCUGCGUGCGCCGCGCCGCGCCGCCCCGCUCUGACACUCACCAUUGCCUCGCUUUGUUCCGCAACAACGCCAAGGAUGAAUCUCCUCUGUCGUAACAUAUUGCGAUCCCUUUCGUUCUCGUUGAAUAAAACAGAGGCAGCAAUCGUGUUAGUACACAAGUGCAGCUGCAACAGGGAUUUAGACAUGCGUACAUUCCUCUCGGUGACAUGUGCUGAUCUCGUACCGUAAUUUUUCUCCAUUCUUUAUAAUUAAGUUGUAAAAAAAUAAACAUAUUAUAUGUUUGGAAGCUUGUAUAUAGACAAGUUCACUGGGGAAAGUUUCGUAGCGACUACCGUAAUACUUAUUUAUAUAUUACUAUCAUAUACUAAUUAUCUAAUUUAUAUUGUACAUUAUAUGGAAU